AAAAUUUCAUCUAAUCUACUUCCUACAAUAUCAUCUCAUACUAUUUCUAAACUCAAACUGUUUCGUUUUUUAACAUUAGACAUCGAUUUUGCCUCACGCAUGCGCCCCUAAUCGUAUAUCCCAGCUGUCAAUUUGAGCCGGUGCACCGCGACAUAAAUAACGUAAAAUACCAAAUAUAAACUAAUCACUAUGAUAUAAUUUAAACUAAACAUCAAUUAAUAAAGCGUGGGAAACCCACUACUGUGUUCGAAGCAAAAAAUCUGAUAAAUUAAAUAAUUGAAAAGACAAAGGUCGACGUAAUUUGUAAUCUGUGAAUUAUGGUAUGUGACGAAAAAUAUUCAAAUUUGGAAUACGUCGAAAUGGGUUGCGAUUUGGCAUAAAAUGAAUGAAUUAGGCCGCGGGUACGCCCGCAUUGAAGCAAUGCGUGGUGCUCGAGGGGAGCCCAUGGGCAGUGUCCCGGAGCCCAGCCCACCACCUCCAGAUAAAUAUAACUCCGUUUAUUUUACUCUGUUUGUCUCUGGUGCUGCUUUCUUACUACCAUUUAACAGCUUCAUAAUGGCAGUAGAUUACUUCCAACAUCACUAUCCAAAUUCGACGAUAAUGUUUGAUAUGUCGACUGUUUACAUCGCGUCAGCUUGUGUCGCUGUCGUCAUUAACAAUCUGUUGCUAGAUCUGUUCACUUACAACACUAGGAUAACAUUUGGUAUACUAUUAUCCUUAGCAACGAUGAUAUUCGUCGCAGUAUGCAAUAUAGGAUGGGAUGGAUUUCCCAAUAAUGUGUCCUACACGAUCAACUUGGUUGCAAUCGGAGUUGUCGCUUUUGGUUGCACAGUACAGCAAGCCUCCUAUUACGGCUUCACAGGAUGUCUUCCUCCAAGAUAUACCCAGGCUGUUAUGGCUGGCGAAAGCGCAGCCGGUUUCUGGGUGUCUUUGGACAGAAUCAUGACGAAGUUCGAAUUCAGUGAACCUCAACGAAGUACAUUCAUGUUCUUCACAUUCUCCAUACUUAUACUAUUGGGUCACUCGGUGCUCCAUCACUUGAUGAUGCGGCAUCCUCUCGUUUUACAUUACCUAAGGCUCACUGUGGAAUCACGUCACAGACGACGUAUUCAGCUACAUUUAAAUCCUACCGAAGAUGCUACUUUGAUGGAGAGUGAGGCUGGUGAGGCAACGUAUGGUGUGUUAAAGUUACAAAGCCCUGCUCCUUCGAACACAGGUGAAACAGAUAACGCGUUCAGUUUCGCUAACCCCGUAUACUCACCAACUGCGAGUGGCCCAGAGCCCAGAGGCUCUGCUGGUGAAGCUCUAGCUUCACCACCUCCAAGUGCUUCUCAACCUUCAGCAUCCCCUUCUGCGCUGCAAACCCCAAGGCCCUCAUACAAAGUUGAGGAUGUGGUCUUCGAACCACCAGACCGACCUACCUCAUGGAGAAGCUUUAAACGUAGUGUGCAGGCAAGAUGGUCAGUUGCAAGAGCCAUCUACCCAUACAUGGUUUCCAUUGGUCUGGUCUACUUCACAACCCUGAGUUUAUAUCCCGGAAUUGCUUCUGAGGUACCUUCAUGUCGUCUGGGCUCUUGGAUGGCUAUCGUUCUAAUGUCAUCUUUCAACUUCUUUGACUUAAUAGGAAAGUUUGCAGCGGCAUGGCCUUACGAGUGGAGUCGCAGCCAGCUACUGAUGGCCAGUGGUCUGCGGCUGCUGCUAGUUCCUUUACUUCUACUAUGUGCAGCACCUCGGCAUUCCCCUCACAUUGUUGGAGACAUUUACCCAAUUAUGUUCUCCGUCAUAUUGGGCUUUUCCAACGGGUUAUUUGGAUCUGUUCCGAUGAUAAUGGCUCCUUCUCGAGUUGGGAGAGAACACCGGGAAAUAGCUGGUAACAUGAUGACGCUUUCAUACAAUGGUGGGUUAUUAUCUGGUACACUUGUAUCGUACUUGCUUCUUAAUAUGCUGGGGCCGCCAACCGGAUCACCAUGUCGGAUAUACCCCACUCCGCCUUUACCAACAUUACCACCUAUUAUUACUACACCUUCUAACAUUAGUUUUAUUACAACGCCACAUUAAAUAAUAACUCUAUAGUACACACAAAACACCACAGUCAAGAAGCAAAAUCAAUCACGAGCUACUUCAAAAAUUACGUACCAGAACAUUGGCUAUUAACCGAAUAUGACGUAAUGACGUCACCAAAUUUCGACAGGGCUUGAUUUUUAUCAAGGAAUAUAAUAUAAAUACGGAUAAUAAUCCCGCGUAAGUUAUACUGCACAGAUUAUGUGAGAAAUAGGGUUAAUAGAAGUUACAGCAGCACACAUUGAUUUUUUUUUAUCGCUUCAUAGUUUGUCCAAUAGAAAUUUCUCGUCGUUGACUAUCGAAAUUUCUUUACUUUAACUGCGAAUAUACCUUGUAUGCUAUUAUAUAUUAAAUAACUGCACUAUAAAAAUUGUAAAUAAAGUCGAUCGUUAAACACCUAAGAUAGUUUAGAAAUUAAUAUAAGUAUGUAAUUAGGUAGGUUACAAUUAUCAUAGAAAUACCAGUUACUUAUUAACAUUUUUACCGUAAAUUAUUUCGUAUCACCCAAUAAUUAUGUGUUUGUCUAACCAAUUGUUUUUCUGUUGCAAAGUAAAAUCUACUGGUCACUGUUUUGUUUACAAUCUUUUGAUAAUUUACUGAAUCAGUACUAUCUAUUGAUUAAGUAAAAUCGAAGUAAAUUGAUGAUCGCUUAAAAAGGACCAAAAAUAUAGUACCUAGUUAAAGAAAAUUACCAAUUCAGUACAUGCCAGGAAUUAGAAUAAUAAAAUGAUUUUUAUUAUUCAAUCGGCGUAAUCAAACCAAGACUGAAAAAUUACCUACUGAAAUAAUUUCAUUACAUACAAGAAUAAAAUUUUGCAAGUAAUUAUAAAAAUAAUGACAGUAGAGUUCUUGGUGCUGCCGUAAGUGGAUUCGUUAUUUUUUUAAAGGCGAAUCGGCGAUCAAUUUCUAUUCCUUGCACAUGCCGUCAGCUCUUUCAGUAUGCCACGAAAGAGACAAAGAAAUUGUUGUUUUACAACUACAACUUUUAUAAAUAACAAGUAUGCAAAUAAUAUAAAAAUGGCAACACCCAGCAAGGCUACUAAAACAUUAGGCACGAGACCCUCAAAAUAAUUGUGACAUAAUGACAGCUUGUAAAAAAUCCAUCAUUUGUCCACACAUUGGUCAUUUAAUAUGCAAACCCUACACAGUGAAAUAAAAUACUAAUAUUGGUGACAGUUGAAAAUUUUGGAAUUUUCAAUACUAUCUAAAUCAAAUCUAAAUAUAACAAAUCGUAAAAAGUACGUAACCGUAAUUAUAAUACUUACUUACCUUUUUAAUUCCAUAACUGAGAUAAUAUAAUUUUAAAUGCAAUUAUCAUGUUUGGAAAAUAACCAAUUAUUUUUGCUACAAUUACUUGCUGAUUGCUUGUUAUGAUUUAUUUAAUGGGUGUUACCAAGUAAUUAUGACUGAUGAUAAGCACUAAAAAAUAUAAAUAAUUGUAAAUACGUACUUGUAAGUGCAUUACUAUUAUCUUAAUGCUACAUAUCACCAAUCGUUAUUCGCCUCGUAAAUAUUCAGAUAAACUUAAUACACACUGACAAAGUAGUCACUACAUAUGUUAACAGCAAGCCUAUGUGUGUGUGAAUAAGCAUAUUUUGAUAAUUAACAUUUUGUUUGGUGGCUACGAAACAAGUAGCACAUUACAUUAUUAUUUACCUAUGUGUUUUACAUCCAUUUUCAUUACCUGUGCUACGACACUAUUUCGCCGUCUGCGAUGGCUCGGAUGUCCGCCAAGACUGGAAUAUCACGAGAUUAUGCGCAGUUCAGAUUUGAAAACUCAUUGAAAUCUUUAAACAUCGUAAUUAAUCAUUAGUAGUCGCUCUACCCUAUUAAAAACUCAGUAGCAUAUUUUAUUUUUCGAUCCCACUAGCGAAUUGAAGUCAACGUGCUAACAACUAGAUCGAUGAAGAAUUUCCCUAACAAAACAUUUAACAAUCGUUCUCCUCAAUUUCUCCUACAUCUCAAUAGAUUUUUAAAACAUUAUGUACAUAAGGGUUAUUAGUCAAUACUGAAAACUUUAUUUCAUUAAUUAUCCUUUUGAGUUGUUACUUUA